UUAGGCAUCUUAGGCAUGGCUGGUAUGACGACCUAUGCUGGUUUUUAUGAGCUAUGCUCUCCUAAGCAAGGAGAGUAUGUUUUUGUUACAGCUGCCUCUGGAGCUGUUGGUCAGCUUGUUGGGCAGUUUGCAAAGUUAUUAGGCUGUUAUGUUGUUGGAAGUGCCAGAACCAAAGAAAAGGUUGAUCUGUUGAAGAACAAAUUUGGGUUUGAUGAAGCUUUUAACUAUAAAGAGGAGGACUUGGAAGCUGCUCUAAAAAGGUUCUUUCCGAAUGGAAUCGAUAUUUACUUUGAAAAUGUUGGAGGAAAGAUGCUUGAUGCUCUCAACAUGAGACUUCGCGGUCACAUUGCUUUGUGUGGUAUGAUCUCACAGUACAACCUUGAACAUCCCGCAGGUGUUCACAAUUUGUUCUGUCUUAUCACAAAACGAGUCCGUAUGGAAGGAUUUAUAGUUCAUGAUUACUAUCACAUGUAUCCGAAGUUUCUGGACAUGAUCUUGCCCCACAUAAAAGAAGGAAAUAUCACAUAUGUGGAAGACAUAGCUGAAGGCCUAGAGAGUGCCCCAGCUACUCUUAUUGGGCUUUUUGCCCAUCACAAUGUCGGCAAACAGGUAGUGGUUGUUGCUCGUAAAUGAUGAUGUUGUUGAUGUCCUGGUAAACCCUAAUGUAAAUUCUUAAUAUGCUUUGACUAAACUUAUUAGAGAAAUGGUUUCUUAUUGGGAUGAUGUUGCUAGAAGCUAUUUUUUUAAGUUUUAACCAAUGUAUGAGUGUGAAGGAAGUGUGAAUGUGAGUGUGAAGAUAAGUGUGACGGGUUGUAUAUGCUUUGCC